AACCGCCAUUGCAUUCUUCUCCGAAUUUUUAGGCUUACAGCUUGUCAUGCUGUGAAUUUUUCUUUUGUUUAUAAAUACCCUGACCACCAUUGUUAUUCAUUCAGACUGGUGAGAAUUUGUUGAAGAAUGGCUGUUGAGGAAGUUAGCAAGAGGCUAAAGGAAUGGGAUGAAGAUAAGCAGAAAGUGGUAAAUCUAACGGCUGGAUAUUUUAAUGAGCAGAGCAAUCCAAUAACUCUUAAUCUGCUGGGAAGCAGCACAAUAAGUUCACCAUCUUCUUCAUCUUCAUGUGGGUUACAAUCAAUUGAAUCAGAGUUAAUAGAAGUGUAUAACCUGAAUUCAGUAGGAGGAAUUGGCCUAAGCUCUACGACCUUUGCAAUGAAGGAAAUCUCUGGAUUCAACUCCACUGAAGAAGACUAUAAAGGGCUCGAGCUUAAACUGGAUUCGUCCACCUCAAAUGCCCUAAAAUCUAGCAGGAAAGACAGUUCCAACUAUAUCAAUGAUUGUAUUAAUGAUAACAGUGUAUCAGAAGUUGAGUCUGCUUUGAGGUUUCUUGGGUGUCUAACGUGUUUAACGUAUUACAUGGUAUGUAGGAGGGAUGGGAGAUGUCCAAGGUGUAAGGGUUCCUUCCUGCUAGACUUUCUUGGUGGAGGUUUGUCUUCUCCGUGAAUAUUAGGACAGUAAUUUGAAUUUCGCUUAGCUUUCGGUAGAUUCAUUGAUUAUUAUAACGAAUUGUUAGACAUGGCUUGAUUU